GAACGGGAAGUCACCAACAAGACCAGGAGGUAGUUAUGGCCCAUCGUAAUCGCUUCAACUCCUCAAGGGACUAGAUUCAGAACCGGUUCGGUUCACCGUCACCGGUCCAAUCUUUCUCGCACCGGCACCGACCCGAGUCGAGUCCAGCUCCGAACCCGUUCACGUGUUCCUAACCUCAAUGGACAUUGAAUCUGGUUUUGAAGUUUCUGCGCGUGGCUCUGUCGUUGGGUAUUGAUCUUGGAGGCGGGGGAGAGUAUAGAUAGGGUUAGGGUUUUCUUAGAAAGCAUUGGUGGAUUGUUGUUAGGGUUUGGUUAUUCGAGACGGCGACGAUACGCGUGGCUUAGGGAGGAUAAUGUGUAUACUGUGUGCGAUUCAGAAGUGGUCUCGCCGGGUUGCUACAAUGCUGCCUUGGUUGGUUAUUCCGUUAAUUGGUCUCUGGGCGCUUUCUCAGCUUCUGCCGCCGGCUUUUCGUUUUGAGAUUACUUCCCCUCGUCUUGCUUGUGUCUUUGUGUUGCUGACUACUCUCUUUUGGUAUGAAAUUCUGAUGCCUUGGCUGUCGGCUUGGCGGGUGAGGAGGAAUGCUAGGAUUAGGGAGAGGAAGAGGUUUGAGGCCAUAGAAAUGCAGAAGUUGAGGAAGACAGCUACGAGGAGGUGUCGCAACUGUUUGAAUCCGUAUAGGGAUCAGAACCCUGGUGGCGGACGGUUUAUGUGUUCAUACUGUGGCCAUGUUUCAAAGAGGCCGGUUUUGGACUUGCCUGUGCCGCCAGGGUUGGGGAUUUCGAAUUCUGGUAUAGUUAAGGACUUGGCUGGGAAAAGUGGCAAGAUAUUGAAUAGCAAGGUUUGGUCUGAAAAUGGGUGGAUGUGCAGUCAGGAAUGCUUGGAGAAUGGCAGUUGGGUUGGUGGGUCUAUUCUAGGUAAUCCUAGCAACUGGAGGACAAAUGGGAGUCCUGGUCUUUUUGGAGGUGAUGAGCAUUGUUUGACAGAGAGGUCGUAUUCUGGUAUAUUGGUUUUUGUUUGCAGGCUUUUGACAACUUUUUUUGUGAGCAUUAGAUGGCUCUGGAGAAAGACUUUUAGGCUUGGUUCAAGGGAUGAGUGUUUGUCUGAUGCUGAAGAUAGGGCACUCUUAGCAAAACGGGAUGAGAAUGGGGCAAACCUCAAUGAAAGUAGAGGGGAAAGAGCACGCAGGAAAGCUGAGGAGAAAAGACAGGCUAGGCUAGAAAAAGAACUUUUGGAGGAGGAAGAGAGAAAACAGAGGGAGGAGGUUUCAAGGCUAGUGGAGGAGCGUAGGAGGCUGAGAGAUGAGAAAAUGGAAGCUGAAAAAGAACGCAGCAAAUCAUCACAUCCUAGUAAGGAGAAAGGCAGUAGGAAGGAAGCUGAAAGGAAGCGCCAGGAAAAAAGAAAAGAGAAAGAUAAGGGUUCUAGUAAGAGCAACUCUGAUGUAGAAGAACUGGAUAGAAGAGCCAGCAAGGAAACUGAUCGGAAGCGUGACUUUGACAAAAAGAGUGAAACUGACCGUAGAGAGCAUCAGAAAUCUGGGUUUGAAAGUGGCAAGGGACAGAAUACAGAUAAUACACAUAGUAAAAAUGUUGCUGCAAACAGUUACAACCGUGGAAGUACUGGAACAAGGUACCUUGAUCGUAUGCGUGGUACAAUUUUGUCUUCUUCUAAAGCUUUUGGUUUUGGAAAGGGUGCUAAUGCUCCUGGCACUGUGGUGAAAGAAAAUAAAUUUAAUGGUUCUGUAGAUCAUAUUCAUUCCACUUCUAGCAGGAAAGAUAUAUGUCCUCCUGAUCGUUCAACUGCUAGAUCCAAUUUGAAUGGAGACGAUAGGAAUAUAAAUCACUCUGUUCUCCCAGAACCACAGCCAUGGAGUCCAUGGACUGCACCUAAAAAGUCGUGGCAGCAAUUAUUUACUUGUUCCUCAGCUGUUCCUCAAUCCUCAAAUUCAAAUGUAAUCUGUAGACCAAAUUCCAAAAUUCAAGCUGAAGCCAAAAGCCCACAGUUAUCUGGCCAUUCACCAAUGGCACAAUCAUUUAAUAAUCCAAUUCACUUUGGUCUUCCAUCACCAUUUAAUAUUUCCAGCUAUCCAAUUGGAUCAACUGGUAGCAGUCAAGGUUUUUCUCCUGCAAUUGAACCCUUAUACUCUCCAGUUGAAAAUAUGUCACAUGACUUUAGACAUGAAGAACAAGAGCUUUUUGAAGACCCCUGUUAUAUACCUGAUCCUGUAUCCUUGCUUGGUCCUGUUUCUGAGUCACUUGAUAAUUUUCAAUUGGACUUGGGAAGUGGCUUUGUGACGGACACAGAGAUACCAAAGCCUCACUCUUUAAAAAACACAGCUGCUGGUUCUGACAUCAAUAAACCAUCUCCAAUUGAGUCUCCAUUGUCCCGAGAAAAGAAUAUCUGUUCUAAUCGGUUUCCAAGUAUCUCCCAGGCCCAGGAUAUGCAUCCAUUUCCUUUGGAUAAUGCAGCUGCAAAUGAGAAGGGAACAUGGCAGAUGUGGAAUACUUUGCCACUUGGUCAGGAAGGUUUAGAUUUGGUUGGUGGCCCAGGAAGCUGGUUUUUACCCUCUCAAAGGAAUGUUCCUAACAACGAUGACGUUGUGCUUCCAUCAUCUAAGACUAGGGAUUCUGUUUUUAACAAAGAUGAUAACAUAAUUUCCAUUACCCAUUCUCCGCAACCUGUUUUUCUUCCUAAUGGUCAUAGUGGUGGGACCUUCAGCCCAGUUACUGGUUCAAAUGGUUAUGAUCCUUGGUUACAGAAUGCUUUAUUUCCACGAUUGUCCGGUGGACUUAAAGCUCAGGAGAGUGCUACUCAGAAUGAAAUGAUACAGGGGAGUCAAAGUGCAUCUGCUAGCAAUCAUUUGCUUAAGACUUCUCCGGCUAACAAUUGGUCCAAAAAUGAAUGGCCUGUAAAAGGUACUGUGGAAGGCUUAGGGAAUUCAUCUGUUGCCAGGCCCCAUAAUGGCAAUCUACAUCCAACCUCAGAUGUACAGUCAUUUUGGUCAUCAUUUGAUUAGAAAGAGGAUAUGAUAGUAACAGGGUAACAACUUGAUAAACACCAUUGUUCUCUUGAGACAAAUAGUCUCAUUUGGGGAAAUCGUUUAGAAUACUGAACCCACCCAUUGUAUCUUCCUUUCUUCUUCUUUUGUGAGGAAGAUUGAUGUUUACAUAACGCCAGCUUCGAUAGGAAUACGCGUUAAUGCGUGCUUCUCUUGAGGCAGGUAAUAAGAGGUGUCCCCCCUUUGAGGUCAAUUUGUCCUUUGGAGAAUGAUGGUUCACAUUCACCCUGUGUCAUGAUCUUCAAAUAUCUUAAUGAAAAAUAAAACUUAUACUAACGUGAUCCGCUGCUAAUGAAAAAAUAUAGUUGCGUUUCUGUUUAUCUCAUUAUUUAA